AUGGGGCGCACGGGUAAGCCCGUGCUGCUGCUGCCUCUGCUGCUGCUGCUGCUGUUGCUGUUUUUGCUGCUGCUGCUGCAGCAGCAGGUGGAGACAGAAGCAAAAGCACUAGCAGCACAUAAGGCAUCACUAAGUGUCUCCUCAACACUCCCUCGUGUAGCUGCGCUACAGCAGCAGCAGCAGCAGCAACAGCAGCUGCUGCAGCAACAGCAGCUGCUGCAGCAACAGCAGCACGUCCAGCAGCAACAACAGCAGCAACGCGGUCCUCUUUAUACUUAUUUUAUCUUCCCUUCCCUGCCCCUUGGACGCCUGAGCAGCAACUGCAGCAGCAAGAGUGCUACAAGCAGCAGCAGCAGCAGCAGCAGCAGCAGCAGCGGGCUGCUGCAGCAACGCAUGCGCUUUUUCUCUUCUUUUCGUUGUGCCCCUGUUGAUAACGAAGAGGCACUCGAGGCCUUAUCUAACAGCUUAAAGCAGCAGCUUCAGCUGCAGCAACUGCAGCAACUGCAGCAACAGCAGCAGCACCAACUGCAGCAACUGCAGCAGCAAGUGUCUCCUUUGCCUCCUCCCCCAGACAUUCCCUCUGCUUUGCUGCAGCGAAACUUGCUGCUGCUGACGGAUCCUUUAUCUGCUGCUGCUGCUCGUCUGCUGACGACGCAGCUGCUGCACUUGGGGGCCUCGGGGGCCCCUGCAGCAACAUUAUAUAUUAACUCCCCUGGUUAUAGCGCGGACCCUCAAGGAAUUGUUGCAGGCGCAGACUUAGAGUGGCUUCCUGUUGCUGCUCUGCUGCUGCAGCACAAAGCUGCUGCUGCUGCUGCUGCUGAACCAGCAGCAGCAGUACAACAACAGCAGCAGCAGCAGCAGCAGCAAUUAACUGUUACUACUAUUGCCCUAGGGCAUGCAGGGGGCCCUGCUGCGCUGCUGCUUGCAUGCGGAGCAGCAGGAAGACGAUUUGCUACGCAAAACACAUGGUAA